AUGAGUGGCGAUUUUGAUGGUGCUUUUUACAAGGGAAUCCCCGCAAGUCUGACAUUGGGUGGUGCCUCCUAUGACAAGGCUGGUUUCUGUUGUAUUCAUGAGCCUGGAAAUAUUAUUUUUUUCGAUCCUGCCCACGAAAAAAAAAUAGAUGAAAAGAGUACUGGAACUGGUAGUACUGACAAUGAAAGCGCUACUUUCAAUGAUGAGCAAAUAUAUCUGGAGGACGAGCAAGGUGUAGCUAUUGACGAUGUUAAUGUCAAAAGCACGGGGUUUAUUGGUGAAUGUGUUGUUACACCAAAGAAUGGUAGGGAUUCUUCUAAUGUGGAAAAUAUUAGUGUAAACAUAGAAGUUAAUGAUUCGAAUAAGGAUGUGACUAGUACUGGAUUUAUAUCACUUCAAAACGAUGCAACUAUUGGUGAAGUACAUAUGGAUCAUCCAUAUAUUAAGGACUUUGUCGUAUUUAACUCUGAUAUUGUCACACCAAAAAAUGGGUUUGCACAUCCAAAGUUUGAAAAUCCAGUCUAUAAGGGUAUCAAUAUGUUGUCUGCAUAUUCGACCAUUCCAAGCCUGUCGGAUACACCAUCUUUGAUGAGUAACAACGGUUACUCUGUUGUUGACUAUUCUGCUCUACAGGAAUACCCCGGGGCAAUUAUGGGAUUUAAUGGUGUAUAUGGUUACCCAGAAAUGAAGUUUUACGGAAUGGAAGGAAAUUGCUAUCCCGUGAUUCCAAAUUUUGGGUUGAUGACAAAUCCAGAUGGAAGUCAUAUUGCUCACAUGACACCCAAUUCUACGAUUGAUGGUGCGUCCAUAGAUGAUAUGGAUGAACUUAUUGGACCUGAUGGUACUCUGCCUCCUGUAAACAAGCGUGAUCCCAUUUAUACGGCAGUUUCAGGUCUCAAAUGGAAGGCGAAGAGCAAGAAGUGGGUAGUUCGUUGGGACAACCCUGUAACAAACAGAAGAGUUUACAAAUACUUUUCUGGGACCAGAUAUGGGUUUAUGGGAGCGCACAAGCGAGCGAAAUACUACUUGGAAUUCUUGAAUGCAUCUGUGGGAAGAAUACCUGCACCUAGCUCAGGAAACCCAUUCUGCCGUAGGACUGAAGGACCUCCAAAGGGUAAGACUAACAAAGGUCUGCUAAGGAAGAUGGUGAAACCAUUUUCAAUGGAAUCAUUACAAGUUGGAGAUCAUCAAUCAAUACCUUCUCAGCAAUCAGUGGAUAUCGAUCCAAGGGUGUUUCCACACGGCACAUCCGAAAUGUACAAUAGCGAAAUGAAUGGAAUGAGGUAUUUGGGAAGUUCUGCUAAAAAUCCAUGGUGUACAGAUAGCUUUACAGAGCAAAAGUGUUCUGAUGUACAAAAAUUUUACGUUUAA